UAUAUAUUAUUAUCAAAUAGUUUCUGAUUAGGCAGUACUUGUGUCGAUAAAAGUAAUAUUCGUAUUGAUAAAUAAAAUGUUUUUAUCAAAUUCAUUGCAAACGACAUGGCGGCGGUACGAGGUUGGAUAUUUACAAUAUAUUUUAUAUUGACAGCAAACGCAGUAUGGGGCCACAUACCGUACUACUACUCUGCCGAACCCGAUGCACCAAUAUACGUGAGCGGUGUCCCUGGCGUCAAGUUGAGCAGUGAGACUGCUGCUGACCGCCUGAGGGCUGUGCGAGCAGUUAUGGAAGCCAUGAGAGUUGAUGCCUAUAUCGUGCCUACUGCCGACGCUCAUAAUUCACAAUACAUAUCGCCGGCGGAUGCUCGUAGAGAAUGGCUGUCUGGUCUCCGAGGGUCUUCGGGAACAGCUCUGGUGACUGCCACCGAGGCCCUGGUGUGGACUGACGCGAGGUACUGGACGCAAUUUGAGGAGGAGGUCGAUGGGACCCUCUGGAAGCUGAUGAAGCAAGGAGUGGAUGCAUCUCUUCAACAGUGGCUGGUCAGCAACAUGCGACCCAACUCCGUGGUAGCAGUGGACCCUACUACUUACACCAGGAGGGCCUGGACUUCUUUAGAUAACGACUUAUCAGCGGCCGGAGUGGAUUUACUCGCAAUUUAUGAUAACUUGGUGGACGAAGCUCGGAGACAACUGAGUGACGGACCUCCUCAGAGGUCCAACGAUCCUCUAAUCCCACUCCCCAUAGAAUAUACAGGAGAACGAGCGUCUUCGAAGAUUUCAGAAUUAGUUUCACAAAUGCAACAGAAAAAUGCAGAUAUGCUGCUACUGACAGCUUUAGACGAUAUUGCAUAUACCCUCAACUUGCGUGGUACUGACAUACCUUACAAUCCAGUCUUCUUCUCUUAUUUACUCAUCAGAAGACACCCAAAUAUUGGUUCAACGGUGGCAGAAAUUGUACUGUUCUGGGGAGAUGGAGUAUUGCCAGAAAAUAUUCGCAAUCAUCUCACAGUAGAGGGCGUACCAGUUUUAUGCAUACCUUACGAAGAAAUUUUCGAUUAUCUCAGGAGUGUGUCUAGCGGUAUUGGAGCUCAGAGCACAAUUUGGUUGUCCAAUGAAGCUAGUCACGCAAUCUGGUUGGCGAUUGAGAGUGGAGGGAGUGCUCAUGUGUAUUCUACAUCUAUUUCUCCUGUAGCGCUGAAGAAAUGCGUUAAAAAUGAUGUUGAAUUAGAGGGAUUCCGUUUAGCCCACAUCAAGGAUGGAGUGGCCGUGGUCCGCGCGUUACACUGGCUGGAGACACAGGUCAACUCCGGAGUCAAUGUCACUGAGAUGGACCUGUCUAAUAAACUGGUGGAAUUCAGAAGCCUUGAAGACAAUUUCAGGGGCCCCUCUUUCUCCACCAUCGCUGGUGCGGGCAGUAAUGGUGCUAUCAUACACUACAGUCCUCAGAUCACCGGGCCACAGAGGAUCAUCAGACCUGAGGAUAUGCUGCUCGUGGACUCCGGUGGACAGUAUUUUGAAGGCACCACAGAUAUAACGCGUACUCGUCACAUGUCUGCGAGUCCCACUCCUGCGCAGCGUCUCACGUUCACACGAGUACUCAAAGGACAGAUCAAUUUGGCUACUACUAUUGUACCGAAAGGGACUUUGGGUAACGUAAUAGAGGUAUUGGCUCGCAAAUACCUCUGGGAUGUGGGGCUCAACUAUGGGCAUGGUACAGGCCACGGAGUGGGACAUUACCUUAAUGUCCACGAAGGCCCAAUUUGGAUUCUCAGCGGACGGAUGGAUGACGACCCUGGUAUUGCUCCGAAAAUGAUUUACAGCAAUGAGCCUGGUUACUAUGAAGUCGGGGAGUAUGGUAUCAGGCAUGAAGAUCUGGUGGAAACUAUUGAGAUUACCAAGGAAUCGGAUCAUAUUCUUGCUUCAGGAGUAGUAGGUGACUUUGACGGUCGUGGUGCAGUUGGGUUCCGCACGAUAUCCCUGGCGCCCCAUCAGGUCGCCUGCUUGGAUGUAGACCUUCUCACUGAUUUUGAGAUUAAAUACCUAAACGACUACCAUGAGCGUGUUUUUAAGACAUUGGGCCCUAUUUUACAACAACGUGGGCUUACAGACGUUUAUGUUUGGUUAGAAAAGGAAUGCGCGCCAAUAAAACGCGAUGACAAAAGCUCCGCCAUUUUGGUAAAAUCGACGCCGAUUUUGGCGGCAAUCAGCGCCAUUGUGAUUUGGUUAGGUUAUUGAUAAUAGGGACGAUGACUGGGUCAAAAAUAAAUUAUUACAACUUUUCAAUACAAUAAAAUAUUCAAAAAUAA